AUGGCGCCAGGGCUCCCGCGGCCCCGAGUCUCGGCCAGCCCCGCAGCGCUCGCGGGUCUCCCUGGCAACGCGCGGGGCCGCGACGGCGCGCGCCGAGGGCCAAACAACGCCGAGGCGCGGGCCGGGCGCGCGCGCACGCGCACUGUCCACCAACCCCCCUCCUGCUUCCCCUUCACAGAUGCAGUGAGCUGGGCCCGAGGACACCCCAGCCACCCUGACACGCCACCCAACAUCUAUGAGGGGGGGCUGGGGGCCCAGCAGCAGUGCUCCAGUGCCCAGGGAAGCAAACCCAAGAACUUCCGGCUGCGCCAUCUCCGGGGCCUGGCUUUCUAUCUGCCGGGCCCCGUGCGGCCUGCGGGACAGUGCGAGAGCCACUGGCUGGGCAGGCUCAUGGCUGAGGGGGGCUUCCCACAGCUCGAGGCUGCAGCCUGGCCUCUGGCCCAGCCACCCGUGGCUGUGGGCCCAGGGAAUAGUCACCACUCAGCCCUUCUGGAAGCUCCAGUGCCCGGGGAAAGCCUGGGGAACCCAGCUUCCAGUUCCAGCAUGGACCAAGCCAAGGAUGUCCCCUCCCAGCCCAGUCCCCCUGAAGGCUUAGGACUCAGGCCCAAGCGGUCCUGGGGGACCUCAGAAGAGUCCACAUGUCCCUUGUGCAAGAGAACCCGCUCGGGGGCCCCGGAGAGGCCGUAGGCGCCAUGUGCCAGGGCUGGGUCUCCCAGCUCGACCAGAGAGAACAGGAAGGCCCAGGGUGGACAAGCCUUUAGAGGAAGGUCCGGCCCCACUGGGAGCCGACCAGAGGUGCCCGAUCCUGUGUUGCCAUGCGGGCCAACCUCGAGAAGAUUCCAGGGGAGGCAGAGGCAGCCCUUUGGGAA